CUUGCUGCUACAGAGACUGGCCGAGUGUGGUCACAGAGCGUCGCUGGCAAAGUUGCAAUUCUGUCGACCAGAGGUGACAUAUUUGGGUCAUGUUCUGAAGGAUGGACAACGCCUUUUGUCACCGGAGAGGGUGAAACUGCUAGUUAACAUGGCUCCCCCCACAACCAAGAAACAGAUGCUCUCUUUUCUGGGGAUGGCUAAUUACUGCAGACACUGGAUUUUUGGAUAUGCAACUAUGGACUCUGUUUUGUGAGCCGCCACACUGCAAUCAUCUCCACCCGUGGUACAGUGGACUGAGGAAAUGCACAAAGCCUUUCAAGAUCUGAAAAAUGCUCUCACAAUGGCUCCAGCGUUGGGUUUGCCUGACUAUCAUCAGCCGUUCCAUCUACAUGUGCAUGAGAGAGAUGGCUUCGCCACUGGCAUUCUGGUACAGAAACAUGGUUCUCAUUAUCGUCCUGUUGCGUACUACUCCUCUCGACUGACCCCUGUAGUUCUCGGUAUGCCAGGUUGUCUAAGAGCAGUGGCCGCUGUUGCCAUUUUGAUCGACAAAUCUUCUCCCAUUGUACUGGCUCAUGACUGUCGUGCAUGUUCCACAUGCAGUAUUACACAUUUUGAACACAUCUGCAACACAACACAUGACAGCAGCACGCCGCUCAGGUUACGAGGCAAUAAUUCUUUCAAGUCCCCACAUAACUUUAAAGCGCUCACCUCCAAUAAAUCCAGCUACUCUGCUACCAUUGAUUGAUACAGAUGAUGAGCAUGACUGUAUCGCCCUUAUUGAAAUGUGCACAUCUCCGAGACCAGAUCUGCUGCAAACACCGAUACCAAAUUCUGAUAUGGUUCUUUAUACUGAUGGUUCGGCUAGCAGACCAUCUGACAACGUACAUUUGGCUGGUAAAGUUGCCACUAUCUACACUGACUCGCGAUACGCAUUCGGCGCUGCGCAUGACUUUGGACAAUUAUGGAAAAUGAGAGGUUUUGUCUCAUCCUCUGGUAAGCCAUUACAGCAUCACGCGUUGGUAAAUGAUCUAUUAGAGGCUAUUUUGCGCCCGUCACAGCUCGCGAUUGUAAAAUGUGCAGCCCACACUAAAGGAAAUGAUCCUGUUUCACGAGGAAAUGCAAUGGCUGAUACUGCAGCCAAACAAGCCGCACUUUCCUCCUCCUCCAUGGUCCAUCAAUAUACCUCCACACAACCCGUCAAUCCAAUUCCAGUACCUUCCUCUAAUGAUGUCGUGAAAAUGCAGAAUCACGCUGAUGACAGGGAGAGAAGUCUUUGGUUGCGUAAAGGUUGUGCAGUUGAUUCGGAGUCUGGCUUGUGGUUCCACCCGGAUGGGCGACUAGUUUGCCCAAGAGCUCUCCAACAUGUCUUGGCACGUGUGGCACAUGGACCAACACAUGUUGGAAGAGGGGUGAUAAAUGAUGUUAUUCGUUCACAAUGGUUUGCACCAGGCAUUACACAAGUCUCGCAAACACUUGUAGACAGUUGUAUGACGUGUCAACAGACCAGAAAGAAGAAUAGCACAGUGAAGCCUGACCAUCUGGAACCUCUGUCAGGUUAUUUUUGCAAAUAGACUGUAUUAAAAUUGUUAAGGCAAUAAAUAUUUGUUAGUCAUAACUGAGCGAUUCUCAAAGUGAGUUGAGGGUUUCACAACAAGAAAAGAAGACACAAAAACAGUUCUUAAGUGUCUGCUAAAAGAGGUGAUCCCCAGGUCUGGGGUGCCACAGAAUAUAGAUAGUGACAAAAUGUAGUUUUUGUAUAAAAAAAUCAUGCAGGAUCUGUCAGGAAUUUUAGGGUUCAAGUUGCAGUUGCAUGUUCCGUAUCACCCACAAAGUUCUGGUCAAGUUAAAAGAAUGAACACAACUAUCAAAGAACGGUUGACCAAAACAGUACUAACAAAAGGUCUGAAAUGGCCUGAUGCACUGCCUAUUGUGCUGUACUCCAGCUAAAGUGCACUAAGUGCAACAACAGGACUGAGUCCUCAUGAGAUGUUAAUGGGGAGACUAAUGUCCACAGGCACAAGGUAACCUCUGACACCAAACAAAACUUCUCUGCUUUGGACGGAUGAGUUUAUGGCUGAAUAUGUAAAAAGAUUAACUGAUGUUUUGAAUUUUAUCAUUACAGGUGUCUGAAUGGCUCACGAAACCACCAGAGGAACCAAUUCAUCCUUUUAAUGACGGAAAUGUUGUAUUAAUCAAAUAUCUAAAGAAAAAUGUUUUUGUCUCCCAGGUGGAACCAGGUGUUGGUGACAAUGAGGACUUGUAUUUCCUGCGCUUUAACCAAACUGCCUAUUAACCAAACUAACCAAACUAUUAACCCUGUUAUGUUUGAGUGUCCAAUUGACAGAUGUGAUGACUGUUAUAUUGUUCACCCCCUGACUUUCUCUCAAGGUAAAUGGUCGUGGACAACGCAUGACAAAGCUCUGAUUAAGACAGUGCUGAGUGUACCCAGGUAAUGAAGGUAACAUUCACAGCUGCUAUACCUUUGACUGAACCUCUGGAGCUGUGGUGUUUCACUAAACAGCCAUUGAAAAGUUAUCCUGAUUAUAAACUGUGGGCUGUUAAUUACCGAGAUGUUCCAGGGGAGGUGCAGAGCGGUAAGAUCUGUACUAUGGUGAAACGGAUAAGGGGGACAGUUUUCUAUAUACUGGUCAAUUUUCUUCCAUAAAUACACUUGAUGUAGCCAAACCUAAAUCAACAAGGCGUGAUAGAGGUACAGGUGACCUCCAAAAAAACAAAUUCGGCCUUCAGUCUAAUGAAUGAUUAUGUUUGCGAUCGUAAUCUCAGUAACUGUUGGCUAUGUCAAAAUAUGCCUUCGUCCAUACACUCACCGAUGUCUCAUCCAAUUCCAUUCACUAGAGCGGAUUAUAAAGUGUUCAACUGGAAUGAUUUGGCCACGAGAUUUGAAGAUGAAGCAGAUGAGUGCUAUACUCCUGCCUACCCUGUAGUCUCCACAUGAUACUGAAAUUGCCUUAUACAUUGCUAAAACAGUCAAUGAACAGUACCUACUGAGCAGUUUCAGUUAUACUACAACUUUUCGCAUUAAUCAUACACAAAAUUAUGUAAAAUUAGAUUUUGAAUAUAGAGUUCAAAUAGUUCUGGCCCAAACAAACUGUUCAAAACCUCUUGGAAACCAGGUGUGUGUGUACGCCCAGAGGCUGCCAAUCCAGUGGGUAAGCGGUAUUAUGAUUUUGAAGGUUUUGAGGAAAGGAUUCGAGGCUUUGGCCUGGAUGAUCUUUCUCUUGGGGAAGUUGGUGGAGAGGAGACCUAUGGUGUGUAAAUGUAUGGUGUCUGUGGAGCAACAGGGGGUUAAGUGGAUGGAUAAAAAUAAAUAAAAGAAGAAGAAAUAUUUUCUAUCUUCGGGGAUAAAAUCAGUUUUCUGUGUGUUCCAUUUUAGGUUAACUUUAUGUGAUAAUUCUGGCUUUAUUGGUUGUUUGGUAUUCUAAGAGAUGUGAUUUUUAAUCAUUUGCCAUUUUAUGAAUCAGUUUUAAAAUCAAUUUUCAAUGAUGGUUUUCACAGUAAUGUAAUACAUGUUUAAAAGUUCAAAGUUACAACUAUGUUAUGAUGAUAUGCAACUGAUGGAUAACGACUGUUCAUGGAAAUCUUCUACGAAGAUGGAUUCCAUGCCACCAUGCAUCGUAUGUGCUAGUAACCUCUCCAUGGUGGUGACCCUCAACUGUACAUAAUGUACAUGGGUUGAAGAUUUUGCAAUAUCUUGAUUUCAACGAUGAUUGUUGUGAGUGAUUUAAAAAGAGAGAAGAAAUUUGCUCUAAAAAUGUUAAAAAUUUGUUUUAUAGAACCCCUUCUAAUUGCUAGGGUUUUAUCUACUAGGUGAAAUAAUAAAUCUGAUCUUUCUCCUCUCCCAGUGGCAUAUUUGCACAUGAUCUGUGACCUCCCUGAUGACCUUUAACACCUUUGUGUUGUAGGGGAUCUUCACUAGCUUAAAGGCCCUUGUUGACCUGAAAGUGGAACUCACACAUCAUGGGAAUGGGAUGAUGGGGUACAUAAGAGGGGUUCUUAAAGUUUCUCACUGAUUGUGUGAAUUAAUCUAAACCGAUUGCUUUGUUUGAAAGAUGAUUUUUAUGGAUGUCCUUUUGAAUAAUUCUGUGUGAUUACGAAUGUUUUAGAAUGUUUGUGUCAAUCCCAUUCUGACUGUACUCCCUGGUGGUCUCUAAAUUUGGUAAUUAUUAUUAUUCGGUAGUUAGUAUUGAUCUU